UUGUGUUCAGUGCCCCACAAGUGACAUUUGCAGCUUGGUUUCAUGAAAAAAAUGUCCCAAACUAUGACAACAGCAGAGAUAGAGGAAUGUGACAUCUAUAUGGACUUUUAUCGGUAUGACUUUGAGCACGACCAGCGGUUUCAGGACGGGUUUCGCAAGAGUUUGUCAGCAGAAAAUACUAUUCAGGGCGAGGAAUUUCUCAGAGCAAAAGUGUUCUACUUCAACAAGUUUUGCAGACGAGGCACCAGGGACUGUAUUCAUGUUGAUGGCUUCAAGAAGUGGUUAGACGCAAUGCAACAAAAAGAAUUCACUGCAGGUUUGGGGUAUCAACGUCCAGAAGGCAGUCCUGAAACCAAAGAGGACACAUCAGAUGCUGAAGUUAAGUUUGGUUUAGAGGACCAGACAGAAGUAGCAUCAGCUAAUACUACAGGUACUGCAGAGUCUUCCACUUCCAGUUAUCCAACAUCAUUUUCUGACAUCAUUCAUUGUGUUCAAGAGGGGAAGGAGAUUCCUGGAAUAGAAAAACUCGAUGUACAGCCUAUCAACUGUGAGCCAACACUGUCCACUCAGACAAGACCACCAAAACCUUGGGAGGGAAGAACUUAGAGCUACCAGCAUGUAUUUAAUAGAUACUUUAAUUUGUAAAAAAAAAAAAGCAUGUAAAAAAAAACAUAACACACUGUGAUUUUAUAACUAUAAGGUAAAAUGUCUCAAGUACUGCGUGUGAAUGCGAUUCAGAGUCACAGUGCAGUUAGAAGACUCCUUCUGUCUGAUAUGAUGGUAACUGUUGGUUUAAUGAUGUCACAGAUUGGUCUGUUUGGACAUAUGGCUGAUGUCUGUGACAAGAUUGGUUUCUCACGACAACAGGUUUUAUGAUGUGAACCUUGCAGACUCACAUAACCUCAGUCUAUCACAUGUUUAGACAACCUGACAGAACAUCGAACAGUUGCAAAUUCUGUUAAAAGGGAAGUCACAGGAUACUUUCCAGGUUUAAUCUUGUACUGUAGGGGUCAUAUGUCUUCUAAAGCCGAAGUCUUUUUAGUGUCCAUUCUGGAGUUUGCAGAUGUUAUCGCUGUGCAAAUGGGCAGGCAGGAUAUUGAGGGCAACACAAUCUUCUUCCCACACAUGUAAGCUGUUCUGGAAGAUACCAACCAAAUUAAA